CAAAUGGCCUUGAAACGGAUCGAUAAGGAAUUGAAGGACAUCCUUACAGAUCCUCCUUCAUCUUGCAGUGCUGGCCCAAUAAACAAUGACUUGUUUCAUUGGCAAGCUACAAUUAUGGGCCCUACAGAUAGCCCAUUUGAUGGUGGUGUGUUUCUUGUAUCAAUCCACUUCCCAUCAGAUUAUCCCUUCAAACCACCUAAGGUUUCAUUUCUCACAAAGGUUUUCCACCCUAAUAUCAGUAGCAAUGGUAGUAUUUGCCUUGACAUUCUCAAAGAACACUGGAGCCCUGCCCUCACAAUAUCCAAGGUGCUCCUUUCCAUAUGCUCUUUGUUGACAGAUCCUAACCCAGAGGAUCCUCUGGUGCCUGAGAUUGCUUAUAUGUACAAGACUAACAAGGCCAGAUAUGAAACCGUUGCUCAGGCUUGGACCCAAAAAUAUGCAAUGGACUAG